UUAUGACUGGUCGUUAGCCUGGCCGCUCUAUAUUCCUGGGCCGAAAUAACUGUCGGCUUAGCCUUUGCGGCGCCAAGAGCGCGACUCGCAUUCUCACCUGCCGCCUCUCCAAACAAUUUGCGUGCGCUCCUUCCAGCAAUACCUAGUGAUCUAGCCAACACUGUGUUAGUGAACCUCACGAAGGCCGCUCCUGCGCCUUUGCUACCGGUCCUUCUCGAUCUUUCGCGCCGCCCCGCAUAUGUCUGAAGGAAUGGCUUUCUGGUCUGUUAUUCUACCGGCUAAGGGCAAGGAGGUGAAGCAGGAAGUGGAGAGCACCGAUUCGGUGCUGUCCAGCAUCCACCUCACGGGCCUUGCGCUGGGCGUGAACCCCAAGGCAGGCCCGCACCCAAUCACGCUGGAGUACAACGGAAACAUCACGGUGCUUGGCACGCUGGAGGCGCCUCACACGCGCCAGUUCCACCUGGAUAUCGCACUUGACGAGACGUACAAGCUGCGCAACCUGGGUGACUCGGAGGUGCACGCGUACGGCUUCCAGGUGGCCACCCAGGUGCGCUCGGACGAGCACAGCGACGAGGACGAGGAUGAAGAGGAAGACGAGGAGGAUGAGGAUGAGGACGAGGAGGACAGCGAGGACGAUGAGGAGACGCCCAAGGCGCUCAAGCUGCGGGGUCGGCGGCUGCGGCGGGUGGCGGUGGACAGCCCCGAUGGUGACCUGAUGGACACCGACAGUGAGGACGAGGAGGACGAGGAGGACGAGGAAGGCGAGGAGGGAGACGAGGAUGAGGAUGAGGAGGACGAGGAGGACGAUGAGAGCAUCCCCGACAUUGACCAGUUGGGAUCGGACGAUAUGGUUGCUGAAGCAGAUGAGGACGAAGACGAGGAGGAGGAGGACGAGGAGAGCGAGGAGGAGGAGGAGACUGAGAAGGAGGAGACGCCUGCCAAGCCAACCGCCAAGGUGGGCAGCAAGCGCGCCGCGCAAACCCCCCAGCCGGGCAAGGCGCCCAAGCAGGCCAAGCAGGAGCCGCCCAAGUCCGCGCCGCCCAAGCAGCUGCAGCAGCAGCAGCAGAAGGACAAGCAGGGCGGGCCCCGGCAGAUCCCGGUGACGCUGGCGGGGGCGGAGGAGAAGGCGCAGAAGGGCAAGGGCAAGGAGGAGAAGGGAGAGAAGGCUAAGGUCAAGGAGGAGAAGGCGCCGAAGGGCAAGGAGGAGAAGCCGAAGGAACAGCCGAAGGGCGUGAAGACCCCCGCCACGGAGUCCGAGUUCCGCGCGGCGCUGGUUGACUUCCUGGGCUCGCAGAAGGGCCCGGUGCCGCUGAGCAGCCUGGGCACCGCCGUGAAGAAGCCGGCGGCGGUGGCCGGCAAGCUGUCCGCCUACCUCAGCGCCAACAAGGACACGUUUGUGGUGGACGAUAAGGGCGUGUCCCUGAAGAAGUGAAGGGGAGUUAACAGUGCGGAGUAGGGUAGUGUGGGUAGUUGGCAGCAGCACGGGCGGGAGAUGGGUGAGAGCUGGGGUGGCUUCCGAGGGGAUUGAGGCGGGAGCGGAUGUGGGCUUGCGGGAGGCCGGUAGUAAGUGUAGUUAGGGAGCUGGAAAGAGCUGGAAAGAGUCUGGAGGAUGGUAAGCUGGUAUUCCACGCAUGCGAGGGAAGAAGUAAGCGGGAGGAGAUUUGGAAUAGAGCAGCAGUAGGUAAAUGCAGGAUGCAAGCGGGAUUAGCUGUUGUGGGCGCUGUGCUCCCUUUGGCGGAAUGGUACAAUGGGUUGCGGAACUUUUUAGCGUCGUUACCAUGUGGGUCCAGUCGCGUGGCAAAGAUUAACAACGCAAGAGUUGGUGGGCUGGUUGGGCAUGGUGCCAGGCGCUGGUACCAUGCGUUUUCCCAGCCUACCGGCUUCUUAGCUCUCGGACAACAGCUACUGUUUCGGAUUUUAAGCGCUGGACGCUUUGCACUAGGCUAGAGGGUUUGGUUCCUGGCCCGCACAGGCCCGCAUAUUAGGAACGGCUUUAAAGCAGGUUCUGGUUUGAGUCUCGGGGUAUUGAGCAUUGCAAGCCUGCAAGCCAGUCUGCACCCCUGGUUGCUCUUGUGCUGCUUGCCGGGUUAGAUGCCGGCUGCGUACCGCCGUGCCAGUGCCUCCGGACCUCAAUCACUGUAGGCCUUGUGUGAGGUGGUGAGCUGGACAUGCCUCGGGCUGUACGAGUUAUGCUGCCCGUGCACGACGCCGUGCAAUGUAACACAAACACGCG